UGGUUCUUACCGUAGACAGGGCAACCAAUCACAAUUUAGCAACCACCUGCAGCUUGGUAACAGAUGGUUGUGUAUGGAGGAUACCCGUAGGAGGGGAAUGGAGUUUUCCAUUAUACCGUUAUCGUUCGGAAACCGUUUCAUGAUCAGUUGGCCCCGGGUGCGCAUGCCGAGGGUUUUCACGGCAGAUUCUCCCCUCCAACCAGCCACGGAUCCACUGCCACAAGAAGCAUGUUUACCACACCCAGGUCUUCUGAUUUACAGCUGGUAAUAGAUGAUUUAGAGAUGGAAACCGAGGCGGAAAGCACGUCCGCUGGUGAACUACAGGGGCGUAAUUAUAAAGACAACCGUGUGGCGCCGGCUGUUUUGGACAGUAGUAAAGACGCCGGUCAGUGGUUACCACAGAAUGGACCUCUCUCGCCUGCCAAGACUUCGGCUGUGGCGUCGGACAACGGAGACCACCACAGUGGUGUCGAAAACGGCAGUGUUCCGAGCAACAGUGACGUACGGCAUGAUCACACACACAGGAGAAGAAUGGACGGAGGGGAGUUACAGCGGGUGUCCAGCGUCAUGUCCAAUCAGGUGCCUGAUGACAAGGCCAUGGAAGAUGACGUCAGGAACUUCCUCAAGACCCUUGCGAAGAACGGCCUGAGAGAGAAGGUGUUUUACGUGGCGGCGGUGUGUAGUCUGGUGGUGGUGGCGUUCGGCCUGCUCGCCUUAGGCCAUGUUGAUUUGAUUAUAUGGAUGACAUCCGCGGCAGCCCCGGCGGAGCCUAGAGUGUUCCAGAUUGUUUUUGCUAUCGCCAACGGUCCUCUCGUCAUAGCGGUAAGACCACCGGUCAAUAUCGGCUAA